UUUGGAGCAAGCGCAUCGGGAGCACUUGCCAGGCCUGCUCCUUUCGCCGUUCGUAUUGGCAUUGACCAUGUGUCAUGUCCAUCCGGUCCCCUGGCCUCUGAAGCCGACUGGUUGCCUUGUACCAGACGAUGUCGUGCCGCCUCACACUAAGCGAGAGACGAGUUCCCGUGGAGCUCAUCGGCCUCUCUGUGAUCUCCUGCUUCCGCACAGUGCACAUGAACGACCCUGUCUCGACCCUCCAUCGGUACAAGCUCAAGGCUGGCAGCAAGAUCAUGAUGAUCGGAGACGAUCAGCCUAUAUCGGAUCGUGCCCCAGCCCCAAGCUCUUCAACGCAAGCAAGCACAUCAACGACUUCAUACAGUUCCACGCCCACCCCUGCUCCGGCCAUCAAACAGCCACUCACUGAAGAGGAUCUCAUCGCAAAGAUUUCGACGUCUGUCAACUACACCAACGAAACGCUGCUGCCCAUGAUCGAGCACUACACCAUGGUUGCCGAGCAGUUCAUUCGCAUCAGCACCGCCAGCGGAUACACCGUCAAGCACCUCGAGACCGAGUACGCCAAGGUCUCGGAGACGCUCCUGCAGACGCUCAUCAAGAUCGACAGCGUCGAUUGCGGGGAGUUUGUGCAGGCGCGGCAGCACCGCCGGGAUGCCGUCAAGCUGGUCCAGGGGCUGAUGGACCGAGUGGACCAAGUAAAGGAACGGGUCAAGGCAUCGACAAGCCGCAACGUCCCCCCGGUGCAGUUGUAGAGACUCUUGACGGUCCGCCUUGCAUGCAUUGUAGUCCAUGCCCCCCCCCUGCAAUACACUUGGCUGUUGGCAACCACCC